UGGCUUUGACAUUGGUGACCUCUGGCCGCCGCACAGUGAAAACAAGCCGAUCAGCUGAUCUGAUCUGGCAACAACAUUCACCAAAAUCUACCGGGAGGAGAAUCAUUUUACAAGCUGGUGGGGAAAAACAGUGAUUUAACCACUUUAAUUAUAUCAACCGGCUUUUUAAAAUGUGUUUAUCAGAGAGUUGUUGUUGUGUGUGAUGUUUCAAGGAAUUCAGCAGCUGGUUUGAUGACAAUUGCGGUGUGAUUCUUGCUCAAAAUCAGUUUGUUUUGCUGUUUUGUUCGGUCAGUGUGUUGUUGUGGGAUGAACAUACAUAAAGGACAGUCUGUACAAUCCUAGACAAUUAGUGAUUCAGCUACAGAAGUCCUAUUUCGAAACCAGUAUCUGUAGUCUUUGAAAUUCGAAGAGAUUUUGAAGACACGUAUGUUCAUCUUAGUUAGCUUGAGUAACAAAAGCCCAGGACUGAAGCUGUUUUCUUAGUGUUUUUUGUUCUUUUGUUCUUUUUUUGUUGCAUGCCAAUAAUCAGAUUUCGGUGGUUAUUGCUUGUAGUUUGUACGUUGUUAGACUGCUUGAUCACUUUUGAAUCAGCCAGUAAGCUUGAAAAGUCUGACCUAGUGCCAGUGUUAUACCGAUGUCAACUGAUCUAUUUAUAGUUCAUAUUGAAUAUUUGAUUUAAAGCCAGUGUCUUAAUUUGACACGACAGUUUGAAUUCCAAUGAAAUUCUAGGCAAACGAGUAAGAUCCUCAAUGCAAUAAUCAGAUAUGAUUGUCUUUACUCGUUUCUUUUGUUGAUUGUACAUUUGGGUUGGCCUCUGCUGUAGUUGGUUCAACUUUCUGUAGACGAUCUAUCGCAUCCUAACCAGUUAAUACUGACUUGGUUAAGUGAUCAUACUGACAGGCUUUAGUCCUUUCAGUUCUAUUGCUCCCGUUCGGUUUGCCACCUCGCUGUUGUAUUAACACGUGUAAUGAGCGGUCAAGGAUCGUCGGUGGAGAAGGGGAUGAACGGCGUCCUGGUUUGUCAGGAGAGUUACGCCUGCGGUGGUUCCGACAAGGCCGCCUUCGAGUGCGACGAAUGUGGCAGCCUGCAGUGCACCCGCUGCGAGCUGGAGCUCCACCGUCAGGACCGCAUGAGAAACCACGACAGGAUCCGAAUCGCACCCGGCCACGUACCGUACUGCGAUUCGUGCAAAGGGGACGGUGUGGUUCCAGGAAACGGGGGUCGGCUCAGAGCGGUGGUCCGGUGUCAGGGAUGUAAAACCAAUCUGUGUUUGGACUGUCAAAAAAGAACUCACAGUGGGGUCAGUAAAAAGAAGCAUCCACUCACUGCUUACCCUCCAUCUAAACCUGCGGAGAAUAACUCCAGCACUGGAGACGAGCAGCUGGAUGCAUUGAAAGCUAAAGUAGAGAAAGUCUGCAGCUUUCUUCUAGUGGAUGAGAAGGAAGACAUGCAGGUGAACAAUGAGGAGGAAUUUGUGAGGAAAUUAGGAUGCAAUCCGGACGAGCUUUUGAAGGUGGUGUCCAUUUUCGGCAACACUGGAGAGGGCAAAUCCCACACUCUCAAUCACACCUUCUUCUUGGGUCGUGAAGUAUUCAAGACAUCCCCAACCCAGGAAUCCUGCACUGUUGGGGUAUGGGCAGCACUGGACCCUGUUCAUAAGGUGGUGGUUAUUGACACAGAGGGACUCUUGGGGGCAGGAACUCACCAGGGACAGCGAACCCGCCUUCUCUUGAAGGUGCUUGCCGUGUCCGAUUUGGUCAUCUAUCGAACACAUGCUGACCGGCUACAUGAUGAUCUUUUUAAGUUUUUAGGUGAUGCAUCAGAUGCAUAUUUAAAGCAUUUUACCAAGGAGCUAAAAGCCACCACUGCCCGCUGUGGUUUGGAUGUGCCCCUUUCGACUCUGGGUCCUGCUGUUAUAAUCUUCCAUGAGACAGUCCACACCAAGUUAUUAGGGUCAGAUAAACCAUCAGAAUCAGCUGAGCGGCUUCUUCAGGAGCGUUUCAGAAAGCUUGGCCUCUUUCCUGAAGCUUUCAGCUCUAUUCAGUACCGGGGCACUCGUACCCACAACCCUCCCACUGACUUCAGCGGUCUGCUGCGUAGCAUUGAGCAGCAAUUAGACAACAACACUACACGAUCUCCACGAUCUGCCGGUGUCAUCUAUAAAGCCCUGCAAGCUUUGAGUGAAUGCUUCAGUGGAGAGAUUCCUGAUGAGCAGCUGGCAAGCAACUCUUUCUUCCCAGAUGAGUAUUUUACCUGCUCCAGCAUCUGCCUCAGUUGUGGCUCAGGCUGCAAAAACAGCAUGAAUCACCUACGGGAGGGUGUUGUGCAUGAGGCCAAACAUCGCUGCCGGUACUCCGCCCACUAUGAUAAUCGCAUCUACACCUGCAAGGCAUGUUAUGAGAGUGGCAAGGAGGUGAUUGUGGUUCCUAAGACGACGGCAUCCUCUGACUCACCUUGGUUUGGAUUGGCAAUAUAUGCCUGGUCAGGAUAUGUGAUUGAAUGUCCAAACUGCUCAGUGAUCUAUAGGAGUAGGCAAUAUUGGUAUGGGAACCAGGACCCUGUUGAUACAGUGGUCCGGACUGAGAUCCAGCACGUCUGGCCAGGGUCUGACGGAUUCCUGAAGGACAACAACAAUGCUGCUCAGAGGCUUCUGGAUGGUGUGAACUAUAUGGCUCAGUCUGUCUCGGAGCUAAGUGUCAAGCCUGCCAAAGCAGUCACCGCCUGGUUAACAGACCAGAUUGCCCCUGCUUACUGGAAGCCCAAUUCUCUCAUCCUUAAAUGUUAUAAAUGUGGAGAGGGAUUCCAGGAUAAUGAUACAAAGCACCACUGUCGAGCCUGUGGAGAAGGUUUCUGCGAUGGUUGCUCCUCUAAGACACGACCGGUCCCUGAGAGAGGAUGGGGCCUAGCACCAGUUCGAGUCUGCGAUGCCUGCUUUCAAAAUAGAGGGAUCUCUGAAGAACUGCUGGAUGCAGCUCUGGAAGAGGAGGAAGGUGGCACUCUGAUUGCCAGGAAGGUUGGAGAAGCUGUUCAGAACACAUUAGGAGUGGUAGCCACUGCCAUAGACAUCCCUCUUGGCUUGGUAAAAGAUGCAGCUCGACCAGCGUAUUGGGUCCCUGACCAAGACAUCCAUUGCUGUAACCAGUGCCAGCGUGAGUUUAACGCCCGUCUUUCUAUUCAUCACUGCCGUGCAUGUGGACAAGGUAUAUGUAACGACUGCUCCCCUGAUCGUCGGGCCGUGCCCUCCAGGGGUUGGGACCAUCCUGUGCGGGUGUGCAUCACCUGCAACCAGAAAUCUGGAGACCUCUAGCAGAACUGAUGUCACUCCACAUUAUAAGACACCCCGUUAUGUGGCCACAGUGUUUCAGUCUAUAGGUUGGGAAUAAAGCACUGCUCUUAAACCAGUAAAACCUAUUGGUUGUAUAAAGCAAGAGGAACAACUUUGCUUUUCAUCCCAUUCAACACUGUCUAUUCACAUUCAUGCUCCUCAGCUCUACAUAAGCUGUUCUCAGUUUAAGAAAUGUAAUGGCCUAAGUUUUUUUCUUUUUAAAAGUUUCUUUGAAAUGUAUUGAAAAAAGUAAAAAAAAAAAAAAGAAAGUGUUUAUCAUGCAAUGUUACUUGUGGGUAAAGGCAGCUAAGUGCAGAAUACAUUAGAAAAGUGCACAAAUAUUAGUUAUAUUAGCAUAUAUGCAUUGUUUACUGUCCUGUUGUGUUGCUCAGUUUUCAGUCCUAGGAAAUUAAUUUUUCCCAGUCCAUUUGCUUUUUAAUUAUUUAAAUGCAAGAUGUCCAUAUUGUUUUGCAUUCCUUUACCCUCAGAGAAACCCUAGUAUAGAUUUUAGAUUCAUUCCUUUUCAUCACUAUAAUUUGCUGCCUAUAAUUGGGCAGAUCACACAUGAUUAUGCUGAAUUAUCAGAUGCUGUUCAGCAUAAUUUAAAGAGUUCUUCAUUUGUUUUUAAAUGAGAUUGCUCAAUCAGGAUGUUUUUGUCUGAGGCUUUUAAAAUUGACCUUUUAAUGAAUCACCAUCACUGUUGCCGAAUGAAUCGUCAAACUCUGACACAAAGUUAAAACUGCACAAAUUAUAUGUGGUAAUGUGGCCCUGCAAAGAUGGAUCUUGCACUUUCAACAGUGUUGCCAAUCCACAUAAAUUCAUUGGAUCAGUCCUCUAUUUUCAUGAUGUCAGAGUAGUUGCUCUUAUUUAUGCCCCCGGUAUGUGCUAGUAUGAUCACGGACAGUAAAACUGUUUUCUUGGCCAAAAGAACACUCAUUAUGUAGAAGCAGGUUAUCGUAGACUCGGUGAGGCAUUGUGUGUGGAUGACUGUACAUGACUGACUUAGACAUAAGAAACAUGAAUAUCAUGUUAUGUUCUCUGCACCUUGUAUGCUAAUUAAAUUAAACUUGAGUA